CCGAGUAUUUUAUAUUCCGGGCGAACGUUCAAGUACUGUUCAAUUGCGAUUAUAUAUAGACAGAAAACGGGGGACAUUUUCCCAUUUAGUGAUCGAAGUGAUUGCCCAUAAAAUCGAUUCAAAAGUUUCUUCUUGGUUCCGACCAGUGAACACACCUAAAGAACAAUGGCCCAGGUGAUGACCACACCAGUACCGCCUCACAUCGCGCCAACUUUGCUGUCCGACAUGGACCGAUUGCCGGCCGUGAAGCUGGGCGAUUUCACGCUGCAGCUGGAGCUGGAGGAGCUGAAGCCCGAGGCCAAAGAGAUAGCCAGAAAGGAGCUCCGGGAAAACCCCGAUACCAUUCGCGAGGGCAUAACUGCCUUAAGGGAUUUGCUCAAAGGCGAAAAGGAUUUGAAGGUGCCUUUAGACAAUGACAUUUGGCUCCUCAGGUUCCUUAGACCUUGUAAGUUCUAUCCGGAAAGCGCCUGCGAUUUGAUUAAAAGAUAUUACGCUUUCAAAAAGAAGCACGCCGACGUGUACGAUGGCCUUUUACCCAGCAAGGAAAAGAACAUUUUCCAGCAGAACAUCCUCACCGUGCAGCCCAACAGGGACCAAUUCGGCAGGAGGAUCCUCGUCAUCGAAUUGGGCAAAAAAUGGAAAACGGACAAAGUGAGCUUGGACGAAGUGUUCAAGGGGGCGGUGCUGUUCGUGGAGGCGGCGAUGUUGGAGCCGGAGACCCAAGUGUGCGGGGCGGUGGUGGUUUUCGAUAUGGACGGUCUGUCGCUGUCUCAAACCACCAAAUUCACGCCGGCCUUCGCCAAAAGAAUCGUGGAUUGGCUACAGGAGAGCAUCCCGGUGCGCGUGAAGAACAUCCACAUCGUGAACCAGCCGUACAUCUUCAACAUCGUCUUCGCCCUGUUCAAACCGUUCCUGCGCGAGAAGCUCAAGAGCCGCAUCAUCUUCCACGGCACCGAUCGCAAGUCCUUGCACAAGCACAUGAGCCCCAAGUGCCUGCCCGAAUGCUACGGGGGCACCUUGGACCUGCCGCGCAUCGACGGGCCCCAAUGGUACGAAUUACUUGUCAUGUGCGACAAAGAAUACGAAGCUAUAAAUUCGUACGGUUACAACAAGAAAGGAGAGCUGUGAAGAGGAAGAUGGCGGGAGGUGUAAAUAUUUAUUACGUUGUUGGUGGUUGUUGUUUUUCUUUGCCUUCAUUUUUUUUUACCGUUAUUUCGUUUUAUUGUUGAAGUAUUAUUAAUCCUAUACGAGAAAUUGUGAUACCCGAAUGUACAUCACUUGUGUAUACAAAAAUAAUUGCCUAAUAACAUUUUUUUUUUAAUUAACGAAGA